AUGGGAACGAGAACCGCGCAACUUCUCGUGCGAGAACUCGAGAACCGCUUCGUCCCCGCGGUGAAAAACUGCGCGAGAAUAUCGGAAUUGAAAAAGAUUCACGCACACGUCGUGAAGCUUUCGCUAUCACAGAGCAACUUUGUGAUUACAAAAAUGUUGGAUUGUUGCGACAAAUUCAGUAAUGUAAAUUAUGCCACCUUGCUAUUCGAGCAACUCGUGGAGCCAAACGUGUUCUCUUACAACGCAAUCAUCAGAGCCUUAACGCACAAUCAAGAACACUACCUAGCAAUCACAGUGUUCAAGAGAAUUCUGAUGAGGGAAGAAAGGAUUUCAGAUAAAGUUCCGAUUUUGCCCAAUGAAUUCACGUUCCCGUUUGUGAUAAAGUCGUGUUCGGUGCUCUCAUUGCGGUGUCUUGGUGAAGAGAUUCAUGGGCAGGUUUGGAAAUUUGGGCUGAAGUCAAAUUCUGUGACCGAGAAUGCACUGAUUGAUAUGUAUACGAAAUUCGGUGAUCUGAGGAAUGCACAUAAGGUGUUUGAGGAAAUGACUGAGCCAGAUGCUGUUUCCUGGAAUGGCUUGAUCUUUGGGUAUGCUAGGUUGGGGCAGAUGGAGAGUGCAAGGGUGCUGUUUGAUGAAAUGCCUUGUAGAACAAUUGUUUCUUGGACUGCAAUGAUAUCCGGGUACUGCGGAAUAGGGUGUUAUGGUGAUGCAUUGGACAUCUUCAGGAGGAUGCAAAUGGUGGGCAUUGAGGCUGAUGAGAUUAGUGUUAUAACUGUUUUGCCUGCUUGUGCACACCUUGGAGCUCUUGAGGUUGGGAAAUGGAUUCAUAUGUACUCAGGUAAAAACGGGUUUCUGCAGAAAACCGGCAUCUGCAAUGCACUGGUUGAAAUGUAUGCUAAGUGCGGUUGCAUUGAUGAAGCAAUGAGCUUGUUUGAUCAAAUGGUUGAGAAGGAUGUGAUUUCUUGGAGUACCAUGAUUGGAGGGCUAGCUAAUCAUGGGAAAGCUCAUGCAUCAAUUGAGCUGUUUCGGAAAAUGCAGAAGGCGCAAGUUACACCUAAUGGGAUAACUUUUCUUGGUGUUUUGUCAGCUUGCACUCAUGCAGGGUUUUGGAAUGAGGGGUUGAAAUAUUUUGAUGUCAUGAGGUUGGAGUAUCAUAUAGCCCCUGAAAUUGAGCACUAUGGUUGCUUGGUUGAUCUUCUAGGACGUUCUGGGCAGCUCGAGCAGGCCCUUGACGCAAUAUCUAAGAUGCCAAUGAAGCCAGAUUCAAGGAUAUGGAACUCCUUGUUAAGCUCUUGCAGGAUUCAUCGCAAUCUUGAGAUUGCUGUUGUUGCAAUGGAACAGCUUUUGGAGCUUGAGCCAGAGGAAUCUGGAAACUAUGUUUUGCUUGCUAACAUAUAUGCAGAACUUGGCAAGUGGGAAGGUGUAUCAAAUGUUAGGAAACUCAUUAGAAGCAAGGGGAUAAAGAAAACGCCAGGGUGUAGCAUGAUUGAGGUUGACAAUGUGGUUCAAGAGUUUGUAUCAGGUGAUGAUUCAAAACCCUUCUCACAAGAUGUGUUUUGGAUUCUAGAAGUCCUGGUUUUACACCAAACUAGAACUAAUGAUUUGAUGGAGGAUGUCACAGAAGAUGCAAGUAAACUCUGGUGAAAUUUAGCAUAAGGUUUGUUUUUUCACCCUGCAAAGUGAACAUCUUUUGAGUUUGCAUAAAUUACUCUAGUCGACUUAGCUAAAGUGACGAAUCAUAUUGGUGGCGAACAUACGGAAGCAAAACUGUUACUGAUGAAAUAGAGCUGGUU